GCGAGGGAGGCAGAAGCCGAGGGGGCGUCUCAAGUUCUCAACCUCUGCCCUGCUGAAUCGAACCAGACCUGACCGCCACCGCUCCGCGUCGCCUCGCCGGCUAGCUUUUCGCCGCCGCGGAUCUCGCCGCGCCGCCAUGGAUGCCGAGCACUCGGGCUCCUCCGCCGCCGCCGGCGAGGCCCCGACCACCGGGGAGCACCGGAUGGGGACCACCAUCGUCGGGGUCUGCUACGAGGGCGGCGUCGUCCUCGGCGCCGACUCCAGGACUAGCACUGGAAUGUAUGUGGCCAACCGUGCUUCAGACAAGAUUACUCAGCUGACAGACAAUGUUUAUGUCUGCCGCUCUGGAUCUGCUGCUGAUACACAAGUUAUUUCCGACUAUGUGCGUUAUUUCCUCCACCAACACACAAUUCAGCUUGGGCAACCAGCUACUGUUAAAGUUGCAGCCAACUUGAUUAGGUUGCUAGCUUAUCAGAACAAGAACAUGUUGCAAGCUGGCAUGAUUAUUGGAGGAUGGGACAAGUAUGAGGGAGGCCAAAUUUUUUCAGUUCCCCUUGGCGGAACAAUUCUGCGGCAACCAUUUGCAAUUGGAGGUUCGGGUUCCAGUUACCUAUAUGCGCUUCUUGAUCAUGAAUGGAGAGAGGGAAUGAGCCAGGAAGAGGCAGAGAAAUUUGUGGUGAAGGUAGUUUCCCUUGCUAUGGCCCGUGAUGGUGCUAGUGGAGGAGUUGUUCGUACAGUUACUAUAAAUGCGGAUGGUGUCAAGAGGAACUUUUACCCUGGUGACAAGCUUCCGCUGUGGCACGAAGAGUUGGAGGCCCAGAACUCAUUGCUUGAUAUUCUCGCUGCUGGGAACCCUGACCCCAUGGUGCAGUGAAUUUGCUCUCCAGUCUCACACACACCUUUGUGAAAUUUCCUACUGUAUGACUUGUUCAAGAUUUUAAGUGAAGAAUUUGAAACAAUUCCUGCUGGUAAAUCAGACUGUUGUGACUUGUGACUUUAGUUAAAUGGUUAGCUGUUUACUGUGAUGAGAA